AAUUUUCAUAUCAAGAUGAUGUUUGUUAUGGAUACACUAAACAUAAUUUAAUCUUUUAAUAUGUUGAUAGACGCCAGGUUAUAUUAAUGUAUUAAUUAGUUGUGACUCAACUGUUUAUAUAAUUAAAAGGAUAGUGGACUUUACAAGAAAAGUGCCCGCACUCAAAUAUGAACGACACGUUUCUUAACACUCUCCUGGAGUUGUCGGAGGAGGAGAAGAGAAGCGAGCGGAGACCAACUUCCGGUAUCCCAACACGACCAAGUUCCGUGUUGUUCUCGAGGCCUCCUAGCUCUAUCCUAAUGUCGCGACCACCAAGUGCUGCCUUUUUUGGGCGUCCCGCGUCUGGCCGGAAGCAGCGGCGCCCACCCUCCACCAGUACCUUAAGACCAAGACCGCCGAGUGGAGGCCCGCAUAUAGCCCGAGCGCCAAGCGUCUCAACCAUUGCCUCUGUGAAGCCUGUUACUGUCUCCGUGCGAAAACGCCCAAACUCCAUGAAAUGUUCUGUCUGCACCGAGGGGUUCCGGUUUCCCAACAAUACGCCCUGUUUUGAUAACUACUGUGUGAAAUGCCUGGAAGACCAUAUCUUAUCGUUCAGACGGGGCACAAGCUGUGACUGUCCCCUGUGCAAGUGUGGGAUACUUCUUCCCCUCUCUAAGACGAUCUCAGAUACCGCUAGAUACCAGGGGAAACUAGCCCCAAUUUCUUUAACCGUAUGUAAUGUCUGUAGUGAAUCUCGGCUAGCCCAGUACCGAUGUAACUCGUGCGAAGAACAUUUCUGCGAGAAGUGUAACAAAGACUUUCUGAAACGCAUGCGUAUUGAUAGUCACUUUAACACCAGCAGUUUUACGGACAUCACCGCAGGAGAUCACGCGAUUCCUGCCAUAACAGCUAAGGGCCUGGACGAUGAGUCGUUCGACUCGAUAUCUCUGCCAUCCCUGCUGCCCAAGGGUUUCGGGCUGCGUUGCCCCGACCACGAGGAGGAAGAGCUGAGAUUCCACUGUAAGGACUGUGAUAAGGCCAUGUGCCGUGACUGUAAGCUGCUCUAUCACGAGGGACACCCAACACUGCCGAUUGAAGACGUGUACGAGGACAGAAAACAGCACCUCUCGCAAGCAGUCAAACUCACCAAUGCGAACAUAAGAAAACUUCACGCCGAAGUAUCUGAAAUAAACUCUAAACGACUUGAGAUCGAUCAAGAAUCGCGCGACGCGGUAUCAGAGAUAGAAAAUCACGCCAAUGAAGCAAAACGGAUUAUCGAUGAAUUAUCGAAAUCUAUGAUAAAAACAAUAAGAAGUCAGAACACACAGAGCAGGGGGAAACUGGAACAAAGCCGGGAUAUUGUCAAGGAAAACGUUAAGGCUCUGCAAGGAUAUGUCGAGGAAGCGAACAAGUACCUAGAAUCUGAAAACUGCUUUGAUAUUAUCGACAAAGGCCCCAAAAUGACAAAGGCAAUGAAUGAGACGGACGUGUCUCCGACAGCUGAGCGUCAAUGGCGGAAGCGGUACGUGUUCCAGGCAGCGGACAUCCUGGGGCGGAGUGCCGGACAGCUCUUCGGCCGCCUACAGACCAUCGUGCAAGGGCUCGUCAAGGAGGUUCCCUGUGUCGAACUCGAGAUGCAGAGCACGUUCAACAGCGACAUACAGUACAAGAGCACGACGGCUCUGGCGCCGCUAUCUGAUGGCACUGUUUGGGUGUGUAACGGCUUCCGUAAUAAGAUACACCGUCACGCCGCCGACGGACAGCUCAUACAGAGCGAGACGUUACAUUUUGACGUUGACGACAUGGUCGACGGACUAACCGACAAGAUAUUCUUCACGGAAGUGAACGGGAAAGUGAUACGGAAACUUCAUGGUGGUAAACUGACUGUGUUUGCAAGGGCCGAUCUUUACUUGCGUGGUUUAACUGUUUCUAAGGACGACAACUACAUUAUAAGCUGCGGCAACGAUGUGCCGAUAGCCUGUCUCCGGGAGGCUGCGGUCUCUAAGAUAUACGUGUAUUCUAUGCAGGGCAAACCAGUUAAAGAGAUUCUAGUCGAUGUUGGAACUAAGGGCGUUAGUCUGUUCCGCAUCUGUCACACAAUAAACGAUGAGUACAUCGUGUCCACCGGCAUUUCUGCUCUCUACUACAUCAUCGGAGAAAAUGGAGAACUGAAGUAUCGGUACCAGACGUCCACAUCAGCGGACGGAGUGGCGAGCGACAGCCACGGGCUUAUCUACCUAUCGGCGUGCAGGGAUGAUACGCUGUACAUUCUGGAUUGUAAGGGCGUGCCCAUACCAUCCACUUACGCUAUGCACAAGCCCACCGCCGUAGCGAUAGACCGGAAGGACACAAUCUGGGUUGGAGACUGGAGCAAAGUGCACGUGCUUAACUAUAAACUGUGAUUGUAGGUCUAUCAGAUAUAAAGUAUUAAGUUUAUGCGUGUAAUAUAAUAAGUGUUAAAAUACGGUAUUGCAAUUAAAUACGAUUCUAUA